AUGAACACGACGUUACGUUACGAUCCGAAGCAGAUCUCGAGGCAGACGAAACCGUCAGAUACUCCAUCGUCUUCUCCGUCUCGUAGCCACCGGAGACAGCCUCUGCUCCAGAGAAGUCUCUCCUCUCCCUCUCCUAGAGCCACUUGCGGCGGAUCCACUCCCGCCGAGUUCUGCGGCGGCACGACGGCGAGUUGCGCCGCCGUUUGGUGCUGCUGUCCCUGCGGACUCGUCAACCUCCUCGUCCUCGCGAUCUACAAAGUCCCUAAAGGAAUCUGCCGCCGCGCUAUCCGCAGCCGCCGCCGUAAACAGCUCGUGAAGAGCGGAAUCCUUCCGCCGCUUCCGACGGACGGAAAAGGCGAGCGGAUGCAGAGAGUGUUCCAGAAUUCGGAGUUCGCGAUCCAUCCGUUGGAUAGCAACGACGUCUCUGAAGACGACGACGACGAUUUCUUCGAUCUGAAAUACAUCGGAAAAUCAUCAGCGGCUGGGCUGACAACGGACGAGGAGACGGAUGAAGACGACGAGGCGGUGCUAGCAUUAGAGAAAGAGAUGUGGAACAGGUUUUACGGCGCCGGAUUCUGGCGAAGUCCGUCACAGAGAGAAUCAGUUUCUUCUCCGAGAAUCUCAAAGUCUAUUUCCUCAUCGUCGCCGAGGCCGUCGAUUACUGAAGUGUACCGGAACACGUCGAUUAGAGGCGGAGGAGUCACGGUGGUGGCGGCGCCACCGAGGACCGUUCGACAUUGA